AUGGGUUGCGGAGCGUCAAAUAAUGACGUUGCUACAUCACCGACACAUGCCUUUUCUUUUGCUACAUCACCUAAUACAAAAAUGACAAAUGCCAAUACUUCACACGUCACUAACAUUCCUACUACAAAUACAACUAAGAUUCUAAUUGCAAGUCAUACGACUCAACAAACGAUCAGCGAACGAUUAAGACAAGGAUUAGUUGAUCAAGAUUUAUCGUGCUAUCUAUUAAAUGAAAAUACACCACAAUCAUUAAGUGCUCGAGCUAAUGUCAUUCAAUGGUGUGAUGUAUUUAUUGUUGUCAUUAGUCGACUUUAUCAAAGAACUCCGUUUUGUAUGGAAGUUCUUAAUUAUGCCAAAGAUCUACAUAAACCAAUUAUUUCUAUUUUGGCUGAGACUACUUUUCGACCGUAUGGUGCAUUAGGCGCAAUAUCAGCAAGUGCUAUUCGAUCGAUCGUACUAAAUAAUGAUACUUCCUUCAUACAUGCUGUGUCAGAAAUUACUAAUAGCGCUCGAAAUGUGGUGGCCAAUAACAAAAAUGCUGCAAAAGUUAUGGAUCUAUCAGAGAUGAAUGAUAAUCAUACAAUUUCUACAUUUCCUCAAGGUUCAUCUACUUGUACUGUGCUUAUAUGUACUACAGACGAUGGUAAUGUUGUCGGUCAACUGGUCUAUGAAUCUCUUACAUCUACACAAUCAUCUGUAAUUGUUGAGAAUUUAUUAAAGCCAAAUGCUACUUGUAGCGUAGCUAAAUGCACUGUAUUUGUACCAAUUCUUACACCUCAAUUAGAACAAACGUCUCUCUGUCGAGCAGCAUUUGAACAAGCUCGUCUUCUUUCUAAACCAAUCAUACCAGUAAUAGCGAUUAAAAAGUGGCGUCCUGAAGGUUGGCUUGGAUUGAUUAUUGCCGGACGUGUCUUUUUUCGUAUUUUCGAUCAAGAAACUGCUUACAAACCUUUCUAUGAUAGCAAUUGUAUUACUGAUUUACGAGUUGCAAUAGAGACUGCAUGUCAACCAGUUCCCAGUGAAACUGAACGUGAAAAAAUCGAGAAGAAUGCACUUCAAAAAGAACUUGAAGAAUGUAAAAGCAAACUAUCAAGAUGGCCACCAAAACGCAAAUCUCGUGUUAUUGAUUCGAUGAAAGCUCGACAACCUGUUCGUAUUCAAUUGCAAGAGCCACAUGCCGACGCAUAUUUUGAUCAUACACAUCAUUCAAUUACACGCAUGACUUUUAGAGCACCUCCAUCCAUUGUCGAUCAAUAUGGUUUGCCAAAACGACGACCUCUUGAUUGCAUGAUAAGUUAUCAAUGGAAUAAACAAGAUCUUGUCCGUGAAAUCUAUGAAGAUUUUCAUAUGCGUAAUGUACAAACUUGGUUUGAUAUUUGGGGUGCAAUGCAAGGUAGUACUAAUGAUGCAAUGGCUACAGGUGUGGAAUGCGCUAAAGUAAUGCUUGUCUUUCUAUCGAAAGAAUACAUUGAAUCGACGAAUUGUCAACUCGAAUUUCGAUAUGCUGUUUAUCGUGGAAAAGCUUUCGUUAUUCUUCGUACAGAACCUAAUAUAUUAAUGGAACAAUGGAUGUUAGAAGCCAUACAAGGCUUUCCUCAAUACGAUGUUUAUUCUUAUAAUGUUUUAGAACAACCAAUCAAUGGAGUUCCAAUGAUUGAUGUUAUCGUUCAAGCUGUACGCAACCUUGCUCAAGUUCAACCACCUGAUCCUGUUGAUGAUUGUUCAGCUGAACUUUUUGAAUUACGUUCACUUCUUGAUGAUGCACGAGAUGCAUUAAGUGCAAAAACCGGUGUAGCACGUUACAAAACAUGUACACGAUGUGGACAACAAUAUGAUGAUUAUUCAAAAGAUGGAUGCAAAAAACAUUCAGCUUACUUUCUCGGUGGUGGUGGAGGUCUUCUCGAAGAUCAAUGGGUAUGUUGCAGACAACAAACAGCAGAUUCACCUGGUUGUAUGCCAUGUGAACAUAUUGAUCAACCACGUGCAUUUGUUGAAGAUCCUCAUUACGGUACAUCAACAUGGAAACCAGCUUAA